AUGAAUUUCAUCGAGAGUUUAUUGGUCCUCGUGGUAGCUGGUUUAGCUGCCGCUUGGUCUCCCAAGAAUAGUUACGUUCCUUCGACUGUUAAUUGUCCCGAUGACAUUGUUUUAGUUAGAGAAGCCAAUGGGUUAUCUGACAACGAAACCGAAUGGUUAAAGCGUAGAAGACCUAUUGCCAAGGAAGCUUUGCAUGAUUUUGUUAAGCGUGCCACCAAAAAUUUCAGCGACAACUCUUUGGUUGAUAAAGUGUUUAGCGGCAACGACAGCCAUGCACCAGUGGUCGCCAUUGGUGCAUCCGGUGGUGGUUACCGUGCUAUGUUGAGUGGUGCUGGUAUGAUUUCCGCUUUUGACAACCGUACCCGUGGUGCUGACGAGCAUGGUCUAGGUGGUGUCUUGCAAGGUGCUACUUAUUUGGCUGGUCUUUCUGGUGGUAACUGGUUAACUGGUACUUUGGCAUGGAACAACUGGACUAGUGUGCAAACAAUCGUUGAUAACACUACGGCAGAUGAUUCUAUCUGGGAUAUUUCUCACUCCCUUGUUAAUCCAGAUGGUGUUAAUGUUUUCGGAACUGCUGACCACUGGGAGCACAUCUUUAAGACUGUCCGUCAAAAGCACAAGACCUACAAUGCCUCAUUGACUGAUCUGUGGGGCCGUGCGCUUUCUUACGAUUUCUUCCCCAGCUUGUACAGAGGUGGUGAGGCUUACACUUGGUCCACCCUGAGAGAUGCUGAGGUGUUUGAAAAUGGUUCUAUGCCUUUCCCUAUCAGUGUUGCUGAUGGUAGAUACCCUGGUACCAGUGUCAUCAGUUUGAACGCUACUGUGUUUGAGUUUAACCCCUUCGAGAUGGGAUCUUGGGAUCCAUCUCUACGUGCAUUCACAGAUGUGAAGUACUUGGGUACCAAGGCUGUUGACGGUAAACCUGAAAAGAAGGGCGAAUGCGUUGCUGGCUACGACAACGUUGGUUUCAUUAUGGGUACUUCUUCUACCUUGUUCAACCAAUUCUUACUAAGAUUGAACACUACUGGUAUGCCUCGUGUGGUGAAGAGCAUCAUCAGCCAUUUCUUGAAAGACAUUUCAAAGAAUGAAGAUGAUAUUGCCGUUUACUCUCCUAAUCCAUUCCUCAACACUAGUUAUGUCAGUAAUGACUACACGAGUAGCUUGGUCGACAGCAAAGACUUGUACUUGGUCGAUGGUGGUGAAGAUAAUGAAAACAUCCCAUUGUUGCCAUUCCUACAAAAAGAACGUGGUGUCGACGUUAUCUUUGCCCUGGAUAACUCUGCCGACACUACUGAAUACUGGCCAGAUGGUUCCUCUCUAGUGGCUACUUACGAACGUCAAUUCGGUAAGAUGGGUAAGGAUAUUGCCUUCCCAUACGUGCCUGAUGUUGAAACUUUUGUUGCCGAGGGUUUGAACACUAAGCCAACUUUCUUUGGUUGUGAUGCUCAGAAUAUGAGUGAUUUGGCUUUCACCCCUCCAUUGGUGGUCUACGUCCCUAACAGUAGGAUGUCAUACAAUGGUAACCAAUCUACUUUCAAGUUGUCCUACUCUGACAACGAGCGUCUAAACAUGAUUAAGAACGGUUUCGAAGCUACCACUAGAAACAAUUUGACCGAUGACAGUAACUUUGCUGGCUGUGUCGCUUGCGCCAUCAUGCGUCGUUCUCAAGAAUCUAUGAAUGCAACUCUACCAAAAGAAUGUAAACAAUGUUUCCAGGACUACUGCUGGAAUGGACAUAUUUCUCAUAACGGUACAAAGAUCCAACAUAACGACGACUACACAAAGAGUGCAUCUCCUAGCGCCACCUCUAGUUCAAAGGGCGGUGCCUCCAAUUCAUAUUCUCCAAGAAGCGGUCUUUCCCUAUUCGCAUUCAUGGUGACCGUUGCAGGAUUGUUCUAA